AAAAUGUUUGUAUGUAAAUUAUGUUUAAAAAUGAGAUGGAAUGAAAUGAGAUGAAAAUUUUAAAACAAGUCAAUGAUAGUUGGGAGAAAAAAAAUAAGAAAAACAAUAGGCAAUACUUUAUUUUCUGGCUUAUCCAAAACAUACUUUGGUCGUAGUACUGAAAGAAAUUUAAGAAUGAGACGCACAUUUUGAUUUUUGAGUAAGGAGAGAACUUGCCGUCAACUCGCGGCAACAUAUAUUGCAUGUACUCUACAGCCUAGCUACCAAUUUCUUAUUUUAUUUUAUUUUAUUUUUCCGCCAUAAAAGAAAAUUAAAUUAUGUUGCUUGUAUUUCAUGUGAGAAGUAAAAGUCAUUAAUUGUUUCUUUUUUUUUUCUUUUAUAUAUGCACACGUGCACACAGACGUUUGAAAGAAUCAGAAUUCAUUGAACAAAUCGUUCAAGACGUCUCAAGAAUAGCAAAUGAUCAUUUUUUUUUACCCGUUGCCAAGCAUCCCGUUGGAUUAGAACCUCAUCUAAAAAAUGUCGAUUUGCUUUCAAGUGUUGAAACGAACGACAUACGAAUGAUAGGAAUUUUUGGAGUUGGCGGAAUUGGUAAGACAACUCUUGCCAAAGCAAUUUAUAAUUCGAUUGCUUUUCGAUUUGAAGCUCGUUGUUUUCUUGCAAUUGUUAGCGACACUUCGAAUCAAGCGGAUCGUUUGGUCCGAUUGCAAAAUACACUUCUCUCUAAGAUUUUAGGAAAAUGUAAAAGUUUGAAGAUUGACAAUAUUGAGACGGGAAUCAUUAAUAUAAAGCGUGGGCUUUACUCUAAAAGAGUUCUUUUAAUUCUUGACGGUGUAGACCACCCAAGCCAAUUAGAAACAUUAGCAAGAGCUCAUGAUUGGUUUGGUAAAGGAAGUAGAAUCAUCAUCACAACAAGAGAUCAACACUUGCUGAAAACUCAUAAAGUUGAUUCAACAUAUGAGAUGAAGGGAUUGAAUCAAAAUGAUGCUAUUCAACUAUUUUGUUGGCAUGCUUUCAAAAGAGAGAUACCGGAUGAUGGUUUUGGAGAGUUUGUAGAAAGGAUCGUAAAUUAUGUUGAGAGACUUCCACUAGCUUUAACAGUGCUUGGUUCAGAUUUAUAUGGUAGAAGUGAACGUCAGUGGGUAAGUGCAAUGGAUGAGUACAAGCAAAUCCCUCACCAAGAUAUUCAAAAAAUACUUCAAACAAGUUAUGGAAGAUUAAAUGACAAUGAAAAGAAUGUUUUUCUUGACAUUGCAUGUUUCUUCAAUGGACAAGUACGGCUUGAUGAUGUCAUCACAAAGAUACUAGAUAGUUUUGGUUUUCAGCCAAACUUUACGAUCCCAAAACUUAUGGAGAAGUGUCUUAUUUCGGAAUGCAACGGAAAAUUACAAAUGCAUUCCUUGUUACGAGAUAUGAGUAGAGAAGUUGUUCGAAAAGAAUUGCCCAACAAUCCAGGAAAACGUAGCAAAUUAUUCUUUCAUAAAGACAUUCAAGAAGUACUGCAAGAAGAUACAGGAACAACUAGUGUUGAAGCAAUUUUUGCAGAUUUUCCUAAAGGUGAUGAUAUUAUCCACUUGCAUCCUAAGGCCCUCAAGAGUAUGAGAAUACUCAGAUUAUUUAGAUGCCUCAAUGCACACUUUACUGAAGAAUUACCUGAUAGUCUACCGAAUAAAAUAAGCAUACUUGAUUGGCCUAACUGUCAUUUACAAUCUAUGCCAUCUAACUUUUGGGGAGAAAGCCUCUUUAUUUUACGAAUGCCCGGUAGUCAUCACAUCCAGGAGAUACCCUUAUUUAAGAAUCUCACAGUUAUGAAUUUCCGUGGUUGUGGACUUAUAACGAAACUCUCGGAUGUUUCAAGGUGCCCCAAUUUGAAGAAAAUAAAUCUUCAAGAUUGUACAAGUCUGGUCGAAGUUCAUGAUUCUGUUGGAUUGCUUGGUGAGCUUGUUAAAUUAAAUCUUGCUGGAUGUUCCAAUCUAAGGAGCUUUCCAAGGAGACUCCAGUUGAGAUCUCUGGGAUUCCUUGAUCUUAGUAAUUGCUCAAGCCUUCAAUACUUUCCUGAAAUCGGAUGUAUAAUGAAACAUUUAGGCCAUGUUGACUUAACAGGCACCGCAAUAAAAGAGUUGCCUUCAUCCAUUGGGUACAUCAUUGGGCUCGGAUUUUUAGACCUAAGUAGUUGCAUAAACCUUAAGUGUCUACCAAGAAGCAUUCAUCAGUUAAGAUCUCUAUGGUGGCUUGAUCUCAGCGAUUGUCCAAAUAUUGUAAGUUUUGGGAUGGAGGAGGAGUUGCAUAGGGGAGAACCCAUGCCAAAAUCAACCACUGAUCUUGAAUUGCAUCUUAAAAACUCUGGCCUAUCAAAAUUCAAUUUCUUUCAUGUCUUUGGACCAUUUCAUUAUUUCUUUCCUGAUCUGACAGUAUUAGAUCUAUCAGGCAGUGAUAUUGUAAGCAUUCCUGCAAACUUCAAAAGAUUUCCUCGGUUGAGUAAUCUUAUACUGAAUGAUUGCGUGCAACUUAAAGAAAUUAAAGAGUUUCCAGAGAGUCUACUAGUAUUACGUGCUAAUGGAUGCAUAUCACUGGAAAGUUUACCAAUACGAUUUACUGAAUUCCGUCCCCCAUGGCUAAGUUUGAUUAAAUUGGCUAGAUGCUAUAGAGUGAAUAUGUGGAAUUGGAAUGUGAUGCGAGAUCUUCCGCUUCGCCGUCCUUAUCGUCGGUUUCGAGUAAGUCCUUAUAUAUAUUUCUCUUUUCCUUAUAUAUUAAUUCGUUUUGUGUGGCUGAUCGAUUUUUGUGCGUAUAUGAAUAUAGUUGAUAUAUAUUAUGAUGUAUUCAUCCAACAGGACACUAACAUGAUAUUUCCAGGAAAUAAGAUUCCAGAUUGGUUCAGCAAUUGCAGGGAGAUCACUGCAAAUGAUCAUCGGUGUGAAUUUGAUAUUCAAGGGUAUAAUUCCUGUGCCCGUGCCCACACAGGAAUUGCUUUGUGUGCUGUUAUUGAACCCGUCGCGAGGUUUUGGAGCGUUGACACAAUGAUAGGAUCAGUUGCCUAUGACAGUAACCAUCAUGUAGGAAAAUUUGAUGAAAUGGAUUCAGAUCAUGUAUGGUUGCAGUUCUUAACUGUAACAGAUGUUAAGCGCAAACGAGGGAUCAGUUUAAAUCAGGCUGACAAUCUGAGGAUUAUAUUUGAAAGCGCUCCAAAGUCAGUGAUCUUAAAAAGUUGCGGAGUUCAUCCGAUUGAUUUUGGAUUUGUUGGCCGUUAUGAUGAUGAUUGCGAGAAUCCUGCUUCAACCUUGGACAUCGAACUUUUUCUGUGCACUAGUGACAUGUGCCAUAAUGUCUGAUUAUGGUUGACUUCAAAUUUGUUUCAAACUCAAACUCAAUAUUAGGUGUGGGAGCAGCUUGAUCUAUAGAUUAGUUGUACA